CUAAGGGUAUGUAACAAUAAACACACCGUCAGUCUCAUUUAAAAAGAAAACAAUGAAAUAUUUCUUCCUGAUUUUGGCAUCUGUUGUGCCUUUUGCUUUAAGUAUUACAUAUGAAUUUCAAACAUGGAAACAGAAAUACAGGAAGCAAUACAGAAGUGCGAACGAGGAAGCCUAUAGGUAUGAAAUAUGGAAGAGGUCUCUGGAUUUAGUGAAUCGUCACAACCAAGCCAAUGUUUCGGGUUUCUCAAUGGAGAUGAACCAGUUUGCAGACCAGAUUCACAUUGGGCUUAGAAAAAAGCUGACUUACAAAGUGUCAUCGGUUGCCACGAAAACGCCAUUUAUUAGAGAUGUCCCCGAAUCUUUUGACUGGCGUACAAAGGGCGCCGUGUCUCCAGUCAAAAACCAGGGUCAAAUGGGAAGCUCUUUAGCGUACGCAACUUUAGACUCCAUUGAAAGCAUGCAUUUCAUCAAGACCGGGCAACUUAUUGAACUCAGCAUUCAUGAACUAGUGCAGUGUUGCAAUACCUCAUUGGUUGGUUCAGAGUUUAAGUGUGUACAAAAACUUGGAGGCCUCUGUGACUCCGCCAGUUACCCCUUCUCCUCAACAUGUCAGAGCAGCAAAUGUACACCUGUCGCCAAGGUGACGGGCGUGACAGCGGUGAAGCAUGGCGACGAAGAGGCGUUGAAGAUGGCUGUGUUCACUCAGCCUGUUUUAGCGGUUAUAGAUGCUAGUCACUCCUCAUUCCAGUUAUACCGGAGUGGUGUUUAUUACGAGAAGGCCUGUUCUUCACAGAGACUAGAUCAUGCCGUCCUGGUAGUAGGAUAUGGAUCCAAAGGAGGAAAAGAUUUCUGGAUUGUGAAAAAUUCUUGGGGAACUGAAUGGGGAAUGAAUGGAUACAUAUUAAUGAGCCGAAACAGGAGAAACAACUGUGGAAUUGCUUCCAGUGCAUUUUAUCCAGUCGGGACUUAAAAAUAGAUAUAUUCACAAUGAAAGAAUACAUGUAUUCACAAUAAAAGAAUACAUGUAUUUAUUAUUAGAUAAAAUAAGAGAGAAGUA